AUGCUAUCAAUGAUUGGUACUGGAUUUUCUUUUGAAGAUGGUGAGCAGAUUUUGGUGAGUGUUCAGAAACCGAUGGGAAUGGUCUUGGAACAAGACGACAACGAAAGUGCCAAGAUUGUGGUGACCGAGUUGGAUCCCUCUGCAAGCGCGGCAAGGGCUGGAAUCCAAGUAGGAGAUGUAUUAGUUGCGGUUCAAAAUACCUCUGUGGAACAAGUCGAUUUGGACAGCGUCUUAGGCUUUAUUCAAAAUGGUCCCCGAGUCAUGAAUUUGCGGUUUCAACGACCACAACAAGGCUGA